UUUGCAUUGUCACAGAGAGUUGGCAUUUUGCUCUUCCUAAAGAAGAAGAGAGAGCAAUGUCAGCCUCUCUCCUACGCCAUAUUCUUCCUUACUCGAGGAGAAGAAGGCGCUGGCCUCUUCAAUACUCGCUCCUACCUUUAGCAAUCCUUUCCCUAACCGUCGCUAACUCGCUGGAUCAUUCUAACAAUCAAUUCGACCCAUUUCCCGGGGAUAUACUGACCCCCUACCCGGAGGGGAGACAUGGUGGUACUAGAACAACACGCGAAAUAAGCUCCUGUCAGCACACGAGAUGGGAAAAUCGAACAGUAGAGACUUUCAAGGUUUUAACGACUCCUCCGAGUGGUGACGGAAAACUUAAAUUUAAAAUGCAUAAAUAUGCAGACGUUGUGGCUAGAACUCCAUUACGAAAACGCUAUGCAGUCGGUACUAUUACUUUUAUUGAAGAUCCUUAUUAUACGCUAUCAGUUUUGGAGCCUUCAAGAAAAGGAACUUGUCAUCAGAACUCGUAUUAUACUACCAAAGCAACCGUCCUUGAUACGGCUGCUAAUUAUGAACAUGGCUGCCGUUUGGCGGCAAAUGGCGGGUAUUUUACCGUGUCUAACGGUAACUGUCUGGGUAAUAUAGUGUCUGAUGGUCGACUGGUUAAAUCGGCUAACGGAGUUCAAAAUGCUAAUUUUGGUAUAAAGGAGGACGGGAGUAUUGUAGUCGGGUAUAUACCGGAGGAGGAGCUGCAUAACCAGACUAACCCGUUUAGACAACUGGUUACAGGUGUUAUAUGGCUAGUAAGAAAUGGCACUAAUUAUGUUAACGAAAGCAAGAUAAUGGAGUGUUCAGAUCAUGAAGACACAGGACCAAUGGAUACUUUUGUUAAUGUGAUAUCAGCAAGAUCAGCUAUUGGUCACGAUGAUAAAGGAAGAGUCGUACUAGCACGUGUUGAGGGACAGACUCAUGUUAGAGGUGCGAAUCUUUACGAGUUUGCUGAUGUAUUAAUUAAAAGAGGUGUGGUCAAUGCUAUUAAUCUAGACGGGGGUGGUUCCAAUACCCUAGUACAGGACGGGAUAUUACUGAACUAUCCUUCUGAUCACUGUGAUCAUGAAUCACAGUACAGGUGUGCCAGGGAAGUAUCAACAGUGAUAUGUGUCCAUGAUGUACAGUGUCUUGAACCUGAUUGUAAUAACCACGGGUCAUGUGACAUGGGGGCGUGUUCAUGUGAGUCACCAUGGACUGGAGAUACUUGUGGAUCUGUUAACUGUUCACUGACUGAUUGUAAUGGACACGGAAUAUGUAUGGAGGGUAAGAGGAAAUACAUGUAUUUUUGA